AUGAACGUCGCCAGCGUGGGACGGCCGGUCGGCUGUCUCAAGACGGCCCUUCGACGGACGAGAUUCCAGAGGUCGUUCCAGCGGUACAACUCUUCGGCCAGCCUGGAGCCCAGAAAGUCGACCGAGGUCCAGCCUCACUUCAAGAAGGCUUUCAAGAAUGCCUUUAGCGCUGAACAACGGGCCGACAUUGCCAAGGUCAACAAGUUCCAGAUCUACCCUCAGGUCCCUACCAUCCGCUCAACGCACCCCGACCCGAUGCCCGCCCUCCUCGACAAGCAGAUCGCCAAGCUGGACCCAACAGGGGCACGCACACGACUCUUCUCCAAGGAGCACGCCGACAGCGCCAAGGUGGGCGACGUGCUGAUGGUGACGACCAAGACGGGCGAGCCGUUCGCGGGGGCCUUUAUCCAGAUCCGACGCCGGGGCCAGGACACGGCGAUCCAGCUGCGGGGACAGAUGAUGAAGGUGGGAGUCGAGAUGUGGUUCAAGAUCUACAGCCCGACGGUGACGGGCAUCGACAUCAUCUGGAGACGGCCCAAGAGGGCGCGCCGCGCGAGGUUGACGUACAUGCGCAAGCCCAAGCACGACAUGGGCAGCGUGGACCAGCUGGUGUUUGCAUGGAAGAAGGAGAGGUACACGCUGCGGUCUCGGGCGAAGCAGACUGGACAUGGGCAGCAGAGGAGGUGA